AUGAUAAUGAAUGAACAACUUCUAAAACAAAAUGAAGUACUACAUGUUAUUGAAACAUUGAUUACUAAAUCAAAAGAAGAUCAUACACUGAUGUAAGCAAGAUUAGAUCGACUCGUCAGACAUAAAUAGUUCAAAAUUAAAUCAAAAUCUAUUAUAUAUUUGAAACAAACUCCUCC